GAGGAUGCGAGGACACACUCCAGCUGUCACACUGACAGAGAUGGGAUAGGGGAAGCCAGCCAGUGGAUCAAGGCAAGCAGGCUCAGACACCAGGGAGGGAAAACAGUAUCCCGGCGCACGGAACAAAAAAGAAGACAACUUGAUAUUCUCCUCCGGCGCGUGUGAAGUGGGCUCUGGCCCAAAAGGGAAGGAAUUUUCUCUUCAUGUCUUUUCGCCUGGUAGAUAUCUUCGACAUGGAAUCGCCCACCAAGGAGAUAGAGGAUUUUGAGAGCAACUCUCUGAAGUACCUACAACCGGACCAGAUAGAGAAGAUCUGGCUCAGACUCAGGGGGCUAAGGAAAUACAAGAAGACGUCACAAAGGUUACGAUGCCUGGUGAAGCAGCUGGAGCGAGGGGAGGCGUCGGUGGUGGACCUGAAGAAGAACUUGGAGUACGCAGCGUCUGUGCUGGAGUCUGUCUACAUCGAGGAGACCAGGCGAUUGGUGGACACCGAGGAUGAGCUCAGCGACAUCCAAUCGGACUCGGUGCCGUCGGAGGUGCGUGAUUGGCUGGCCUCGACCUUCACGCGGCAGAUGGGGCUGAUGCUGAGGAGGACCGAGGAGAAGCCUCGCUUCCGGAGCAUCGUCCACGCAGUGCAGGCUGGGAUAUUCGUGGAAAGGAUGUACCGGCGGACGUCCAACAUGGUGGGCCUGAGUUACCCUCCCAGCGUCAUCACCGUGCUCAAGCACGUGGACAUGUGGUCUUUCGACGUGUUCGCCCUAAACGAUUCCAGUGGAGAUCACGCGCUGAAAUUCAUCUUCUACGAGCUGCUCACCAGAUAUGACCUAAUCAAUCGCUUCAAGAUCCCUAUCUCUGCCCUGGUGUCUUUUGUGGAGGCUCUGGAGGUGGGUUACAGCAAACACAAGAACCCCUACCACAACCUGAUGCACGCUGCGGACGUCACACAGACAGUACACUACCUGCUGCUGAAGACUGGCAUGGUGCACUGGCUGACAGAGCUGGAGAUCUUUGCCAUGAUCUUUGCUGCGGCGGUCCAUGAUUAUGAGCACACCGGCACUACUAACAACUUCCACAUCCAGACCAGGUCAGGCACGGCCAUCCUUUACAAUGACCGCGCGGUCCUUGAAAACCACCACGUGAGCGCAGCCUAUCGUCUUCUGCAGGACGAUGACGAGAUGAACAUUCUCUAUAACCUGUCCAAAGAUGACUGGAGGGAGCUGCGAGCGCUGGUGGUGGAGAUGGUGUUGGCCACCGACAUGUCCUGUCACUUCCAGCAGAUUAAGGCCAUGAAGAACUUCCUCCUGCAGCCCGAGGCGAUAGACAAGCCCAAGGCCUUAUCCCUGCUCCUGCACACUGCAGACAUCAGUCACCCAGCUAAGAACUGGGACCUGCACCAUCGCUGGACCACCUCGCUACUGGAAGAGUUCUUCCGACAGGGGGACAAAGAAGCCGAACUGGGCCUACCCUUCUCUCCCCUGUGUGACCGCAAGUCAACAAUGGUCGCCCAGUCCCAGAUAGGCUUCAUUGACUUUAUCGUGGAGCCCACCUUCACGGUGCUGACAGACAUGACAGAGAAGAUCGUGACGCCGCUCAUCGAUGACGCGUCUCACUCCGGCCUCGCUGGCUUCCGACGCUCCAGUCUGAACAGUAUAACACAGGGAGAUGGGAAGCGUUCCAGUGUUAAGAGCGUGGGUUCGGAGGGCAGUGGGAAUGUCAACUGUUCCCUCCACACGGUCGACUUCAAAUGCUUCAAGGCCACGUGGAAUGAAGAGGUUCACCAGAACCGGGAGAAGUGGAAGACCCAGGCUACCAAAGACCUGGAGGAGAGAUCCAAGAGAGAGGCUGACGAGAAGGCCAAGCAGGAGACGGAGGAGGGCAAAGAACCGGGAAUGGCAGACGAGGCCGAGGAGAGAGGAGAGGAGGCGGGAGAGGGGGAUGGUGCAGAGGAGAGGAAGACAGACAUGGAGGGAGGGAGCCAAGCGGAGGAGGGUAAGAAGGAGGCAGUGGAGGAGCAACCUAAAGAAGAGGAAGGGAACAAGGAUCCCGGGGGGGCUGUUGGGACCACACCGGCACCAGGACACCCCGAGAAGGAGUCCAGCCAAGAGCACAGCCAGCAAGUUCAAAAUGACUCAGCAGCUGGCUACGAUCUGAUUCGCUACUACAAGAGACCCAGCUACUGUGCCAACUCCUACCGACCAAUCAGAGAGAAGAAGGUGGAGACUCAGCCAAUCGAUGCCAGGAGCAAAGCCAGGCGGCUGCAGUGCAUCUCUCUGCGACGGGGAAGUGACAAAGGUCAUUUUGACCCGCCCACUUAUCCUACUUAG